UGGAGUAAAAAAAAAUCCCGCAAUCAUUGUAAGACGUCUUUUGUCUCUGUGCUCUCGUUUAAAGUAAGCAAAAUCAACGCGCAAGAGCAUCCAAUCGCCGCGGGAAACUGGGAAUGAACCAAUGGGCGAACCGCGAGGUUUAAUAUCAGGGAGGAGAGACGAGGAGGGGAGGGAGCCAAGUAGGCUUUAAUGCCAUUACACACAUCUGCUCUCACGCAUAGCCAGACACCAGCGGCGGGGCUUGCGCCAGGAGCGGGCUUGACCAAAGUGCAUCUCCACACCGCUGCGCAGUCCGCAUAGCGGCGUGCAUUCCACGGCCCUUGCGCGGUGCGUUUGGCCCCGAGGAGCUGUCGCCCUCCCGCGCUACCUUCUCCUCCCCGUGCGCUACAGUUUCUUCCUCGUGUGUCUCUCUCUCUCUCUCUCCCUCCGCCUGUCCACUUCUCUCGACAUGUGGCCCAGAGUCGGGCUGCUCGUCGCCUCGCUGGCAUGUGGGGCAUUCAGUUCAUGUCCCAGCAAGACCUUCACAGACGAUGGUGCAUGCUGCUUGGAGUGUCCGCUCGGCAUGGGAGUGGCGGAGCCGUGUCAGGGACACAACAACACUCAGUGCCAGCCCUGCUUUGACAGCGUGACGUUCUCAGCCACAGAGAGCCACGUGGAGGAGUGCGUGCCCUGCUCGCUGUGCCCCGCGCGGAUGCGCGUGCACGCGCCCUGCACCAGCACGGAGGACACGGUGUGCGAGUGCAGCAGCGGGCUGUUCGCGGACCCGCAGCAGGUUGGGGCGUGCGUCGAGUGCCGCGUGUGCCCGCCGGGCUUCGGCGUCGUCGUGCAGUGCUCCCCCGACGAGGACUCGUCGUGCGCGCCCUGCAUGUCCGGCUUCUACUCGGAGGAGAGCAGCGAUGUGGAGCCCUGCAUGCCGUGUUCAUCCUGCUCCGAGGACCAAGAGGUGCAGCAGGAGUGCACGAGCAGCGCGGACACCGUCUGCAUCGACAAAGAUCCAGAGCAAGGCGAUUCACUGCCGAGCAGCCAAGAUAUUUUUCCAAGUGACCACGACUACAUCCCGCAAGACCCCUUCCCGCAAGAUCCCUUUCCCGAAGACCCCAUUUCAGAAAAUCCAUUCCCAGAUGAGAACCCUCCUGACAAAGCCAAUGACGACGAGGAGGACGAGGAGGGGGACGAGGAGAAGGAACAGGAGGAAGGCUCCGAGGAGAGUGGUCACGCAGUCAAUGGGACAAACGGAACGCCGUCAAACAGCCAAGAGCCGCUGGGUGACCAUUCCCGCGACAUCAUCCCCGUCUACUGCUCCAUCAUGGCGGCUGUCGUGGUGGGCCUGGUGGCGUACGUUGUCUUUAAGAGGUGGCACAGCUGCAAGAACGUUCAGGGCAGCAAAGCGCGCGGCGAGUACAGCCAGGCGGCCGACGGGGAGAAGCAGCAUCAAGACAGCGGUGUGUUUGUCGACGUGCAGAACGCACAGGAGCAGCGGCAGCCUCAAUCUGCAGCAGGCAACGCGGCGGCAGGCACGAAGUGGCUGUACGACGCGCUGCCCCCCCACAAGCAGGAGGAGGUGGAGAGGCUGCUCCUGGGGGCGUCCGGCACGGGCGCCGACGAUGCCACCGACUGGAAGGCUCUGGCGGCCGCGCUGGGCUACGCCGAGGCCGAGAUUGCGGCGCUGUCCGAGGGCGAGCGACCGGCGCACGCGCUCCUCGCCGCGUGGUCUUCCCGCGAGGGAGCCAGCGAGGAGCUGCUGCUGGACGCGCUGGGGCGCCUGCAGCGCAGCGACGUCGUGGCCACGCUCCGCGCCGAGGCCAGCGCCGUGUCCGUCGUGUGAGGAUGGGGUUUGGGGGAGGCCAUUCGUUUCCGGUCCCGAUCCCACCUCCCCGUCCCCGUCCCGCUUUCCCGGCCGCCUCGUAGGUGGCACCCAAGGAGGGAGGUGGGGUGGAGGCUGGGGCGGCGCCGUACGGCUUCGGGGGGAAAUCGUCGGCGAGAUUUGUCGACCCAAGACGAGAGCCUUCGGGGCGUGGUGUGGCCACAGCUGGACUCAUGCCCCCAAUUGUGUGGUUGCUCCCCUACACAGCCCUGCAGUGAUCAAGUGAAGCUUUGCCCCCCACCCGCCCCUACCCUCCGCCACCAGGCCAACCACCAGAGAUGCGUGCAUUUAACGUCGCGUCUUUGCUUGAAGGAAACGUUUGUCUUCUGAGUGCGGUUGAAACCGAUUUCGUUUGCUACAUUCUCGAAUCUCAGCCUCUGUUUCAAAGAGAGGGAGAGAAAAAUAGUGAAAGAAAAAAAAAGUUCCUAAUACGUCACUGUUUCAUCAUCUACUGUAACCUUUCUCUUCUGCAUUGAGAUUAUAUCUUGUUCCCUAUUUGUUUUUUGUUUUCAUGCUCCCAAAUGUAUGUUGAACUUCGUUCGCACCCUGUGUAGCCAGGUGUGCUAAUCGGAGGUGCGAAAUUACACCCUUUAGAUACAUAAUGGCCAAUGUAGCUUCACGCAAAUAUUCGUUGUAAAUCUGUGAGGAUGAUUAUGAGAUAAAUGAGGUGAAAUGCAAGUGUUCUCUUAGGCUGCACAUACCCUAUAUCUCAUUAAGUCGUGUUAAUGAAUUCACAUUGCAUAGAAGGGAUAACAGUGCUAUGCAUUUGUAAAUACAAUUCCCACAAAUUUAGGGAAUACAAACUUUCAAUUUUAGACAGUUGCCAGGCUUGGGGUUAAAGUCUCAACUCCACGGCAAGUGUCACUGUCAAAGAAUUAUAAAAUAAACAAACAAAUGUAACCCCCAUCCUAACCCUCACCUGUUAUUAACCCAGUAAUUGCUUAUUAAUUACUCAGAACUAGCAUAGUUGCCCUUGAUCUCCGAAUGUUAAUUGUUAACCAGAAAACGCCACACACAUCUGUGUAAAUGUCUGCUCACUCUUAAUGCAGCCAAAUCCAUCUGCUUACUAUUAAGUCAACUAUUUUUUCUCACUGUUUUUGUAGUUAGAAUAAUAAUACAAAAAAUCCUAAAUGAUCGUUUUGUAUAUUUACCCUUCUUCAACAAUGCAUGGGAAAAUGGGGUAAGUUUCUUGUGAUGUCAGCUUAAAGCUAAAAACUAAGUGAUCAGGCAAUCUUUUCUUUUUUAAAUAACAAUUACAUGACCAAUCAAUGAGAACUGCAGAAAUUGUGCCGUUUGAGUGGUUCUCUGUGCAUGUUAAUGGGAAAGGGUGUCCGCAUGAUGAGGGUUGAACAUUUAUCGGGUGGCCACGACCUGCGAGAUCACUUGGAGGCUCUAGAGCCCAUUGGAUUACUGACAUCCGCGUCGCACGCUCGGCACGCCGUCUUGUCCGCAUUAUUGCGCUGCAUUCUGGCCCAACGAUGCUACCUUAAAUGUCGACGAACAAAUGUCAAUCGCCGCAUUCAUUUGCUAUUUUUUUAUGCUUCUGCUGGAAUACGCAAACAAAACGGCUUAACGUGUGUUGGGCGUUGUAUCCGUGCUUUCGCAUGCGCGCGUUGUAUGUACAUUUGUACGCAAAAAAACUUACAUUAUCAACGUUUUUUAAGAAAUGUAAAUUCCAAAAUGCUGUUUAUACUCAGCUAUUUUUUUCUGAAAUUGAAUAGUUCCAAAUGGCGUGUGUGUGUGAAGGUUCAUAGUGAAUGUUAUCUGUGAAGAGGCUCUGGGCUUUCUCCCUAUUUCAUGGUUGAUGAGGAUGAAAUGACAAUUGAAUGCUGCAUUAUAUAUGGGGAAA